AUAACAAAUGCAGCGUAGAGAAUAGAAAUGUCCACAAAUCGCCAGUCAGCUUAACUGUGUUCGAAUAUUUUCUUGUUUUUUGGUGUGUAACCAGUUAAAAAACUUUAUCAAAAUGCCUGAAGCGAGUACGGCCGUGUUCGAGAAGGAUAAUUUCAAUGCAGAAAAGUAUGUGAAAAAUCUGGUGCAGGAUUGUGUUGGCGGUCCGGAACUGCAGCAAACGAAGCAAAAAAUCCAAACCCUUAGUGAAACGGUAUCGUCUACGCUGAAAAAACAUGUGUACGAAAAUUACAUGCAGUUCAUCGAGACGGCAAAGGAAAUCUCGCAUCUCGAGUCGGAAAUGUACCAGCUGUCGCACAUAUUGAUCGAGCAGCGCAAUUUGCUCACCACACUGCGUGACGAGUCGUUGCUGGACGACCAGAAAAACAUUAUCGAAGAGCAAAGCCUCGAUCCGAACGUGAACGAGGAGCAGCAAAACCGGAAAGCGAUACAGCUGAUCAAGGAAUCGCUGAUAGGGUACAAGGGCAAUCUGGACGAUAAGGUAUUCAUCCACGAGGGUGGUUUGAUCGAGCUGGAUUCGAACGACUACCGGCCCAUUUGCCGUAUCCAUCUGUUUCUGUUCAACGAAGUGCUCGUGCUGGCCAAAGUGCGAAAUGAGAAGAAGCUUGAAUUUCAAACCGAGUACGAAACGAAGAAGAUUGCCGUCAUAAACAUUAAGGAUCUGGACGGGGUGAACAAAAACGCGAUCAACGUCAUUACCAGCGAUGGUGCACGCAUGUUCCAGUGCAUCAACUCGGCCGCCAAGCAGGAGUGGCUGGACAAGUUCGAACUAGCCAUCAAAUUCCAUCAGCUAAAGAAACCGAAAAAAGCGCCUGCUCCCCAACCACCCACAACGCUAAAGUUUGAGGCACCGCAAAAAUCGACCGACAGUGAGCUGCUCACCCUUAGCCCAACGGCCUCGGAAAUGGGGCGAGUGAUCGUGGAAAAUCUACCGCCCGAAUGGCUCGUGACCGCACCGGAAGAAAUUCAGGCCGAAAUAGCGCAGCGCCAUUUCGAGGAUUGCUUGGCGCUGCUACAGAAGUGCGAGGAGCAUCUUGCCCAGGACAGCAGCUUCCCCGGCGCGACCGAAAUAGGCGAAAAGAUAAAGUCGCUCAAAGCGUCGCUCGCUUCGGUGCUAAUGCACGAGCUGUCCAACUCGCAGAGCCGCAGUCUGCAGGCAGCGUUACGCUCAAGCCGCCGCCCGCUGAAGCUGCUGGUGGAGAUGGAAAAGUCACGCGAAGCUUGCGGCAUUCUGUUGCGUGUUUGCACCAGCGCCAUUCGGUCCUCGCAGCGACAGGCUCGCCGUAACAAUUUGGCCGUAUCGGAGCUCUUCUUCUGUGAUGUGGCGCUGGUGGCUAGCGAGUUUCUGCGCGCAUUCAGCACGAAAGCUUCCUGCACGAGCGCCCUGAUCGUUUGGUGCAACAUGGAGCUGCAGUACUUUGCCUCGCAGCUCAUCAAGCACUAUCUCACGAAGGACACGCAGCUGGAGACGGUGGCGAAGGUGGUGGAAGGUGUGCGGGAACCGUGCCUGAAGCUGCGCGAGAUCGGGCUCGAUCUUUCGUACCACAUGGAGGGUCUGUUGCGCAGCACGCUCGGCCAGCUGCUUGACGAAGCGCGGUACCGGUUGGUGGAUUCGAUCGGCCGUACCGAGGAUCCGUGGCAACCGUACAAUCUGCAAACGAAAACGGGUCUGCGCACGCUGCUGAAGGAGUUCGAUGUGUUGGGGAUCGAUUUUCGUGCGUACGUUACCGGCGACACGUGGAUCAAUCUGACGCAGGCGACGGUCAGCUUCUGUCGCCAUCUGCUCCAGACGACGGAAAGCUGUGCGUAUCUGGCAAAGUACGAUUCGCUGCAACGCGAGGCGGAGAUGCUUAUCCGUGAGCUGUUCCUUUCCCAGCACUCGAACAAACCGCCCAAUUCGCUCAAUGCGGACCUAAACUUUGUGGCGAAGAACAAAACGUACAUGGCGGAAGUAUUGUUGCCGAUUGCGAUGAAACGAUUCGAGCGGAUUGCCGGCAAAAAGCCCGAUUUGCUGAUGGAGCUGCACGCCCAGCUGAGAACCGUUCCACCCAAACCGAAGCCACGCAGCGUGUACCAAACGGAUGUGUUGUAAGCCGAGAUUUCUCGGUGGUUUAUUUAAGUUUAAUGUACUGCACGUACAAAUAUAGUAGAAAGCGUAUCGUUUA